AUGUGUCCCACAGAGUCGCAAUCCACAACAAGGGAAGACAGCCAUACCUCUGCGUUGGCUCCUGACGAUGUACCCGUCGACGAUGUACCUGUCAACAAACUUACCAGCUUCCAUGGUAGACUGCAGCACUUCUUACACAGAGGUAGCGACCAGCGCACCGAGAGCACAUCAAGCACGACUGCAGCCAUAACCCAACAAUCGCUCAAGUCCGAAGACACGGAUACGCCAGAUCAAGCGAAGAUCACCACAUCCAGCCCGAAGCGCAGGAAAGCAGUUACUCAAAAAACCUCAACUACAAUCUCUCGACCACCACGCACCCGAUCCACCCCAACCUCCUCCCCAAACAAACGCAAACGCAACACACCCGCACCCCUCGGUCCAAGUGCCUCCGAAUCCCUCCUCCGCGACACAAUUCCCGCGAACCUGAUUCUUCUCCUUGUAGGCGUGAAUCCGGGCAUCAUGACCGGCAUCACGGGAUACGCCUACGCACACCCCUCCAACCUAUUCUGGAAACUCCUCCACUCUUCAGGCAUAACAAGCAUGCGCCACAAACCCGCAGAUACAUAUAAACUCCCAGGUCUCUACAGCGUGGGCAACACAAACAUCGUGGAGCGACCCACGCGCGACGCCAGCAUGCUGAGUCGCGCCGAGAUGGACGCUGGAGUCCCGGUUCUGGAAGCGAAAAUUGCUACGCAGAGACCUGGGGCUGUCUGUCUUGUUGGAAAGAGUAUCUGGGAGGCUGUUUGGAGGGUUAGGAGGGGCAGGGGUAUUCGGAAAGAGGAGUUUCGAUAUGGGUGGCAGGAGGGUGAGAAUAUGGGCGUUUGUGAGGGAUGGGAUGGUGCCCCAGUGUUUGUGGCUACGACUACAAGUGGGCUUGCGGCUGGGAUGAAGCCGGCAGAGAAAGAAGCGGUAUGGGCGGAGCUGGGGGGAUUGGGUUGUUAG